AUGCCGCACGCCGCCACACUCUCCUCCAGUGCCGCACGCCGCCACACUCUCCUCCAGUGCUGCACGCCGCCACACUCUCCUCCAUGCCCCCCACCUCUCCAGUGCCGCACGCCGCCACCUCUCCUCCAGUGCCCGCACGCCCCCUCUCAUGCCCGCCACACUCCUCCAGUGCACGCCGCCACUCUCCUCUCCAGUAUGCCCGCCACCUCUCUCCUCAGUACGCACGCCGCCACACUCUCCUCAAUGCCACACACCGCCUCUCUCCUCAGUGCCGCCCCGCCACACUCUCCUCCAGUACCGUUGCCGCCACACUCUCCUCCAGUGCACGCCACCACUCUCCUCUCCAGUGGUCCCACGCCGCCACUCUCUCCUCCAAUGCACGCCGCCACCUCUCCUCCAGUGCCACACUGCCACUCUCCUCCAGUGCCUGCGCCGCCACACUCUCCUCCAGUGCCCGCACGCCGCCCUCUCCUCCAGUACCGCCGCCUCUCCUCUCCAGUGCCGCACGCCGCCACACUCUCUCCAGUGCCGCACGCCGCCACCUCCUCCAGUACGCCACGCCGCCACCUCUCCUCCAGUGCCGCACGCCGCCACUCUCCUCAGUGCCGCACGCCGCCACACUCUCCUCCAGUGCCGCACGCCGCCACACUCUCCUCCAGUGCCGCAUGCCGCCACUCUUCUCCUCCAGUGCCGCACGCGCCACACUCUCCUCCAGUGCCUUGCGCCGCCCUCUCUCCAGUGCCUGCGCCGCCACACUCUCCUCCAGUACGCCGCCCGCCCUCUCCUCCAGUACGCACCGCCCUCUCCUCUCCAGUGCCACUUUUUCCGCCACACUCUCCUCCAGUGCCGCGCCGCCACCUCUCCUCAGUGCCGCACGCCACCUCUCCUCCAGCCUGCACGCCGCCCGCCACACUCUCCUCCAGUGCCGCACGCCGCCUCUCUCCUCCAGUGCCGCGCGCCACACUCUCUCCUCCAGUGCGCACGCCGCCACACUCUCCUCCAGUGCCGCCCGCGCCCGCCACACUCUCCUCCCAGUGCGCCGCCGCCACUCUCCUCCAGUGCCGCACCGCCACACUCUCCUCAGUGCCGCACGCCGCCACACUCUCCUCCAGUACGCCACGCCGCCACACUCUCCUCCAGUGCCGCACACCGCCACCUCUCCUCCAGUGCCUGCCGCCCCACUCUCCUCCAGUGCCGCCCACGCCGCCACUCUCUCCUCAGUGCCUGCGCCCGCCACACCUCUCCAUGCCGCCGCCACUCCUCCAGUACCGCUUGCCGCCCUCCUCCAGUGCCCACGCGCCCUCUCUCCUCCAGUGCCGCACGCCGCCACUCUCCUUCUCCAGUACGCAUGCCGCCACUCUCUCCUCCAGUGCAUACGCCCGCCACUCUCCUCCAGUACGCAUCCGCACUCUCUCCAGUACGCCGCCGCCACUCUCUCCUCCAGUGCCGCACCGCCACACUCUCCUCCAGUACCGCACGCCACACUCUCCUCUCAGUGCCGCACGCCGCCCACUCUCUCCUCAGUGCCACACGCCGCCACACUCUCCUCCAGUGCCGCACCGCCACUCUCUUUCAGUGCCGCGUUUCAAUGCACGCCGCCACACUCUCUCCUCCAGUGCCUGA